CGUGCAGCGCCGUACAUUAAACCGUGCAAAAGGUCCGACCCGCAAAUCAACGCCUGCAUUACCAACUCGAUCGAGAACCUGAGGGACAAGUUGGCCAAGGGCAUCCCGGAACUCGAGGCGCCGGCCAUCGAGCCGUUGAACCUCAACCAGAUUCGACUUUUACGUGGACCAACGGGCGCUCGCCUCGAUAUCAACGUCACCGGGCUCCAGGUUUUUGGCCCAUCGACAUUCAAAAUACGAGACCUAAAAGUGGAUGUCGACGACGUCACAUUCACAUUUAAAGUCGGCUUCAAUAAGUUGCAGUUCAAGGGAAAGUACUCGAUCGAUGCAAGGCUACUGCUUCUAAGGCUUGCCGGAAGUGGAGAUCUCACUGGCAAUUUUACUGGCUACGAGUCAGAUGUAAUAUUACACGCCCGAAAGAUCUACAAAAAUAACGAUGUUUAUUUAAACUUUGAGAAAAUGAAGUUGACCAUUACGAUUGGCGCGGCCAAGGUCUAUCUUAGCAAUCUUUUUGGUGGAGAUCCAAUCCUCGGUCCUGCUAGCAACGAAGUACUGAAUGCCAACAGUGGGAUCUUCCUAGAUGAGCUGAGACCAGUUUUGGAAACGUCACUCUCAGAUCUCUUUACGAACGUCGCCAAUAAAAUCACGGAAUCGUUCACGUACGACGAACUGUUCCCGAAGGAUUAAAAAAAGACGACCAAAUCAACAAACUUUUUUUU